GGAGGCGGCCAUGCCCCAGUGUCGCAUCCGACGAGUCAGUCCCCGUCCGCCCAUCGUUCGUGCUGUGUCGUCUCGUUUUCACCAAAGACGCGUGUGCUUCUCGAGUGACUGAGAAGGCCCCAGCACCUCGUUCCCCCGCAGACCCCCCGGAACGUGAACAUUCGUCUAUCAAAAGGCCGACUCGAGGACCCGGCAGAAGAGUGAGAGAGAGACAGAAAAGGCCAGGAUGAGUGACCACUCUGUGAACAGCACGCAGAGCAUAGCCGACUAUCUCGCACAACUCCUCAAGGACAGGAAACAAGUGACCGCCUUCCCCAAUGUCUUCAUGCACGUUGAAAGGCUCAUCGACGAAGAGAUCGGAAGAGUCCGGUCGAGCCUAUUCCAGGUGGACGGCGUCAAAAAGGAACCCCUUGUACUUCCAGAACCGGAAGGAGAGACGACCACGCUCAUGGAAAAAGUCUUCGUCCCAGUCAAAGACCAUCCAGACUUUAAUUUCGUCGGUCGGAUAUUGGGUCCGAGAGGAAUGACGGCUAAGCAGCUCGAAUUGGAAACUGGCUGCAAAAUAAUGGUCAGAGGUAAAGGAUCCAUGAGGGAUAAAAAGAAGGAAGAAGCUAGCAGGGGUAAACCGAACUGGGAACAUCUCAGUGAGGACCUGCAUGUUUUGAUCACCGUCGAGGACACUGAAAACAGGGCGAAAGUGCGCCUUGCCAGGGCUGUUGAGGAAGUUAAGAAUCUCAUUAUACCAGCGGAAGGUGAGGACGAGUUGAAAAAGAGGCAGCUUAUGGAAUUGGCCAUUAUUAAUGGAACCUAUAGGGAUUCAAACACAAAAGCUCUUGCUGCUGCAGGGUUUAGUUUCCACGAAACAUGGCCUGUCUGUUGUGAACGUGAGCUUUAUAAGAUAGACUAUUACAAAGAUGAAGAAUGGAGGAGGAUGGCAUUGGCAGCGGCUGCAGCUGCCGCGGCAGAGACACAGCGGCUGAUGUCACCAGGGUUGCCAGGACUGGGAUCGCCUCUGAGGACACAGAGUGCGGCGACAGCCGGCCCCCUCGGGGCUCCACUUAUCCUCUCGCCAAGGCUCCCAGUGCCGACAUCGGCAGCCCCGCUUCUCUCGCCGCCCGAAGCUCACCCUCACCACCAGCUCAUUUACACGCCGUAUGCCUCGGCUGCCCAGGCCGCAGCUGACUACUCUAACUACGCUGCUCUCGCUGCCGGAAGCCCUCUCAUUUCGGAGUACGCCGCUGCAGAUCAUUCUGGUGCGGCAGCAGUUGCUGCAGUUGCUAAGCAACGCAGGCAUUUGGGUCAAAUCAGAGAACAUCCAUAUCAGAGAGCUGGUGCUCUCUCUUAAUCAAAAUGUUGCGACUUGUAAUAUAAAACACAAACCCAAAAAUUAAAAGGCUUGGCGUUUCUAACAUUGGACCUUGAAAAAACCAAACAUAAUAACAAGCACGAUCAACUCCUAACAAUAUCCAUUGGGAUCUUCAAGUACAACACUACAGGACUCUUAACAGAAACUUUGUUGUUUAGCUUUAGAUAUUAUUUAUCUAUUUUGUCUUAUCCAUUAUUCCCUUUUUGUUUUUCACCGAAAGGAUAAGCAGAUUAAAUUUUAAUUUUAAAUUUAUCGGAACGGAGACAGAAGGGGAGUUUUGACGUAAUUGGUAAAGGAUUUGUGUAGUUCUAUAGCACUUCAUUUGUAAUACAAAAAAAAAUGCUUUACAUUUCUGGUCUUUAAACUUGGCCCUUUCUAAUAUUUGUGUAAUGUAUGUAAAACAAAAAAUAUAUUAUACCUUUGAAAAGGAUAAAAUACCAAUAACAUUAUUUGUAGUUUGUCCAUGAAAAAGGGUAAUAAUGCACUUGCAACUGCUUGCUACUUACUGAUUCACUUUAUUAAUAUUUCUGUAAUUACAGGUGUUUAAUUGUCUUUUUUUUACACAUUAAAUUAUUCCCUAGAGAAUGAUUUUAAAAAAAUGUGCUAUACUUAAUGUACAAAUUAAUAUUUUUGUUGCUACUUAAUUAUUAUAUUUUUAGUUGUUGUAGUAGCCAUGAGAGCUAGCUUUUAUGCUUGAUUGAACAUACUUGUGUUCAACAGAGAUUUAUAAUUAUAAUGUGUAGGUAGUGUCCGAAUACUCAUAAAAAUCAGUAUUAUUUAAUGGAUAUACUGAUAUUACAAUUGACACUAAGCUCCUUUCUUGUGCCAAAUUUGUGUUUUGGGAGUUAAAGAACUGGAAGCGAAUCUCGGUAAGGAACAGUGUAAAACAGGGCAGAAUUAAAAGCAUAUUAUUUUUGUUUUGUUACAAUGGAAUAGGAAAAUAAUUCAUAUAAUAUUAUUACAAAUUUAAAAAAAAGGUGCAUAAUUUUGUUUGUUGUAAAUGUUUAAGUAUAUAGUUUUAUAACACUUUGUGUGAGGGUUAAGUCUUUCUUAAAUGUUUUUGUGCCUUUGCAUUUGUGCCUUCAUGGAUUCUUAUUUUUGUUAUUUGACUAUAAAAGGAAUUAAAAACCUUGAGGAUGAUGCUACUGAAGUGGGAACAUUCAAGAAGGCUCAUUCACCUCCCACCUUUUUUUUAUGCUAAUCCUUCUGGUUUGAGGAAAGGAAUCUCUUUGAAGUAACAAUCUGUAAAUUUUACUUAUAAUGAGACUGUCUUCUUACUUCAGAACAAAAUCAAAUUUAUAUUUUUAAAAUUAAUGUAACUAGUAAGAAACAUAUAAAAGUAGAACUCCACUCUGAGCCUCCUUUACUUAAAUGUAUAUAAUCUCACAGGAAAGUUGUAGUUAUACUGUCUCACA